GCCCCUGAGGCAUGUAGCCCCGCCCCUGAGUUACGCCCACGCAGGUGUUUAAAAGUCAGGAACUCUCCAUCAAUGAUUCACUGUGCCGCAGCCCGUCAGAAGUGACCUGAGACCGGCUCCUCUGCUCGGACUCUGCUCCUCACCGCCUGCACACAGCAUCUUGUUUCUUACAAACCCGAAUUACCGGAUCCCGUGGAUCCUCGGGGGGUGUCACACUGAGGUCAGCAGUGGAUUUGGUGGGAGUGGAAUGGAUAAAAGCCAUGGCAGACUGUAAACUGCAGUCUCCACCGUCCUCCUCCGCUCAUGCUGAUGUCAACCUGGGACCCUCGGCAAACCCACAUGCCAGGCCCACUGACUUUGACUUCCUGGCUGUCAUUGGGAAAGGGACCUUUGGAAAGGUCCUGCUCGCCAAGCUCAAAGCCGACAGCAAAUUCUACGCCGUCAAAGUGCUGCAGAAGAAAGUCAUCCUGAAGAAAAAAGAGCAAAAGAACAUCAUGGCAGAGAGAAACGUGCUGCUGAAGAGUCUGAAUCACCCGUUUCUGGUUCGGCUCCACUACUCCUUCCAGACCCCAGAGAAACUCUACUUUGUCCUCGACUACGUCAAUGGAGGAGAGUUGUUCUUCCACCUGCAGAGAGAGAGAUGCUUCUCUGAGCCCAGAGCGAGGUUCUACGCCGCCGAGGUAGCGAGCGCUAUCGGCUACCUUCACUCUCUCAACAUCGUUUACAGAGAUCUGAAACCAGAGAAUGUUCUUUUAGACUCUCAGGGCCACGUGGUGCUCACAGAUUUUGGGCUGUGCAAAGAAGGUGUAGAGCCGGAAGGAACGACCUCGACUUUCUGUGGGACUCCAGAGUACUUGGCUCCAGAAGUUCUUCGUAAGGAACCAUAUGACAGGACAGUGGACUGGUGGUGUCUGGGAGCGGUUCUCUAUGAGAUGAUCUACAGUCUGCCGCCGUUCUACAGCCGCGACGUCGGUGAAAUGUACGACGGGAUCCUGCACAAGCCGCUGCCGCUGCCUCAGGGGAAGUCUCACGCCGUCUGCUCCCUGCUGGUGGGGCUCCUGCAGAAGGACCAGCACAGGCGCCUCGGGGCCAUCGCCGACUUUUUAGAAAUAAAGAACCACACCUUCUUCUCUCCAAUCAACUGGGACGACCUCGACCACAAGAGAAUCACUCCUCCUUACAACCCGAAUGUGAGAGGCCCAGCUGACACUCAGCACAUUGAUCCAGAGUUCACCAGAGAAAUGGUUCCUAACUCAGUGAGUCGCACCCCGGAGCUCAACGCCAGCACCAGCUGCAGCAACGCCUUCAACGGCUUCUCCUUCGUCGCCACCGAGGACAGCUUUCUGUGAGACUCAUCUCUCUUAAGAUUAUUUUUGUUGGGCUUUUUUCCGCCUUUAAUUUGACAGGACAGCUAGGUGAGAAAGGGGGGAAGACGUGCAGGAAAUCGUCACAGGUCGGAUUCGAAACCUGGACCUCUGCAUCGAGGAAUAAACCUCGAAGUAUAUGCGUGUGCCCGCUCUAUCCACCGAGCCCCCCCGGCCACAAGAGACUCAUCUCUCUUGAGGUAGCUAGAGAUCUCGUGGAAACAAGAGCUCCUCAAGUGCUAUGGUAACCACCACAGACGUCCCACAGUGCAUCUGUCAUGAUUGACUAAUUUCCAGAUUCUCCCUCUUGGGAGUGUGGCUUAUAUGAAACAGUUGGCAAAUUAAAGGGGAAAAAAACUACCCAAAUUGUCUCGGUAAGGUUGUGGGCCACCACGAGCCCUUCAGUGUCUGAACUCUGCUGGAGAGGAGGACACCAUUUUUCCAAAAUAUAAUCCCUCAUUUGAUUUGGAUGUUGAUGGUGGAGAACGUUGCCUAACAAGUUGGUCCAGAAUCUCCCAUAUCUGUUCAAUCGGGUUGAGAAGGACAUAGCUUGUGUUUCACUUAAUUUUUUCAUGCUCAUCAAACCUUUCCGUGACCCAUCGUGCAUCAUGGUUGGGGCCGUCGUCGUGCUCUUCUUCCACUGGUUUUUCAGGUUUUUCCUUUAAGUUAUCACCUGUCUGUGUGUGCACCUUUUUAGCCGCGACGUUUUCCCAGGCCUGCCCUCAGAGAAGUUGCGGCGGAUCUUACCAAAUAUACAGGGCCAUAGAAAGUGGGAGCAUCCUUUUUUUUUUACAUCUGCAGAGGAAUGAAGAACGUGUGAUGCUGGAGUUACACAAAAGUUGUUUUAUAAUAACUUUAAACACAUCUGUGCACAUUGUGUAGGUUAUGUUGUUUAUGUGGUUUGCUAUGUGAAUUGUGCUUCUGUUUGAUGCAUUGGAACUGUGGAAGGUCCUCACAUGUUUGUCUGGAGACUAUUACAGCCUGUAGAUAUCAGACAGUGAGAGUAAUUCGUCAGGCUAAAACAUGUUCACGUUGUUAUGAAAAUUCUGUACCUAACAUCUGUAAAUACUCAGUAGCGAGAGGAUUUUAUCCGUGCAAACCAUGAAGUGCCUCUCUGUUUCAGAAAUGACUGGCAGUGACGGGAGACGCAGACACUGCAUCUUCUUUUAAUUAUCUCCAUUAUAUAUGUGUUUUUGCGUCUGAUAUUAAAGAAGCACCAAUUCCUGAAUAUAACAUGUUAUUAUUUACCUCUUUGGUUUUGUUUAAAGUUUUCAUUUCGCAGAAUACCCUAUCAGAUGCUUUUCUAUGACACUGAACACACUGAUGGGGAAAUAACAGUAAAGACGGCUUUAAUUGUGUCCUUUUUACAUGGUGUCAAUUCUAAAUAUAAAAACUCUCAGGGACAAAACGCUGAUCUGACUCUCCUGGUUCACCUUUUUGCCUUCUAAAACUGUAACCCUGCAUGACAAGCUGUCAUUCCCUGACUGAUUCUGUAAACAGAGAGCUGACAUCACGCUGCCAGCAGCAGCAGCAUCAUUAAGAGCUGACGACAGCAGAAGGAAAACAAUCUGUGUGUGUGUGUGUACAUAGAAAACUUGUUAAUAAAUCAGACAGCUGUCAAAACAU